UCGCUCCGAGGCCACAUUAUAUUAUUUUUCAGCUGAGAGAGGAGAGGAGGAAGAUGUGACUUGACGGGCUUUUAAUUUUGUUUGUGUCGAUUAGGAGUCGACUUUGUUUCUCUUGUCUGACGUCCAUUCUGUAAGCAAGGAGGAAUUUGACGUGACCUUUAGUUGAAGCGAUAGUAUAGAAAGUGACAAGAGCCGUGAACUUGCGAUCCAGUUGCUAUUAAUCCAUCAAGAUGGUUGGGCUGCUGGUGUGGACCAUUUCAUUCCUGGUAGCGGCUCCUUCGGCCUUGGGCCAGCAGUCCUUACCGCAGUGCAGCCAGUUGUUGUCGAGAACCGAAAAUUCGCACCAAAACGGUGUCUGGCGAGCAACACUGAACCUGCCUGUGAGCCAAGGUGUGACUAGAUGGCAGGCGACCAUCAGGUUCUCCAGACCAAUAACCGAGUUCAUCAAUAGAUUGGCAUCUUCGACGUCGGAGAACAACCGAAUUUUCGUUCUCCGGGCAUUCCAAGGGACUCCUGUGCCAGCCAACAGCGUUUUGCAGCUGGGAUUUGAGGCCAAGUACGUUGGACCAUCAAGUACUUUGAACAUCGAGAGCAUACACUUUGACGGCACCCUUGUUUGCAAUGUUACCAGUAAUGCAGGCACGGCCAAUCGAAUUCAAGUCUCCGUUGCGGGCACCAGCAGCGAACGACGCCGCUUGAAGUACGACUAUGCCACAGUCGUGCACAAUUCGAUUCUCUUCUACGAGGCGCAAAGGUCGGGACUUCUGCCGAUCGACAACCGAAUUAGCUGGAGGAACGACUCUUGCGUAAACGACCGCGGAAAUGGUGGUGAAGACCUUUCUGGCGGAUACUACACCAAUGGAAGGACGAUAAAAUUCACAUUCCCAACGGCAGCUGCAAUGACCGUUUUGGCUUGGGGAAUAAUCAAUCAUGAAGACGGAUACAAAAGAGUUGGCGAGUUUGAGCUGGCAACAGACGCCCUUCAAUGGGGAACCUCGUACCUUGAAAAAUGCCACACGCAUCCAGAAGAACUUUACGCCCUGGUCGGAGACGUCAUCAAAGAAAACCAGGACUGGUGGGGAAGACCUGAAGAUAUUAACUUUCAUAGACCGGCUUAUUCAAUCAACGCCGCACAUCCUGGAUCAGAGUUGGCGGCCGAAACAGCGGCGGCGCUCGCGGCCAGCUCAGUUUUGUUUUCGGAUUUUGCCACAAGUAGCAGACUUUUGACCCACGCCAAGCAAUUGUACCAAUUCGCCAGAAACAACAGAGGCGAUUACCACAGAGCUGUUCCACAAGUUACAGAAUUUUACAGAUCCUGGUCCGGAGAUGAGGAUGAACUCGUUUGGGCUGCUCUGUGGCUUUAUCGAGCGACCGGUCAAGAAAUUUACCUUACCGAGGCCAAAAGCAUGUACGCAAGUUUCCGUCUCUCUUCCAGAAAAUUGGGCGAAUUCUCGUGGGAUGAAAAAACCCUCGGAGUGCGAAUUCUUUUAGCCUCCUUCACCUUGGAAGAGAGUUACGCAAACGAAGCAAAGAGUGUGUGCGACACUCUGAUUAACAACUCGACAUACAGGAACUCGCAGGGAUUGUUCCAAAUAUCGGGUCAGCCCGUCGGUGGCAUCAGAUACGCAGCAAACAUUGCAUUUGCUUGUUUUGAGCUUGGAGAGGUUUUGAUGGUGAACCUCGAAUUGCCGUCCAACCCAUAUUUGAAUUUUGCGGUGCAACAAGUGAACCUUAUUUUGGGUGACACUGGCCGCAGCUUCAUGGUCGGCUUCGGAAACAACUAUCCGAAAAGAAUUCAGCACUCGGCAAGCUCUUGUCCAAAUUUUUCGCAAGAAUGUGGUUGGAAGAAUAAAAACGCGCCAGGUCCGAACCCGCACAUUUUGGUGGGCGCCUUAGUUGGAGGACCGGAUGCAAAAGGAAAUUACAACGAUUCGAGGGACAACUGGAGCCAGAACGACGUCGGCAUAGAUUACAACGCCGGUUUUCAGUCUCUGGUGGCCGCCCUGUUAAGCCUCCACCAUCAAGGCAAAUUGCCCGCCGAAGCUUACGGGAAUAGAAAUUGAUCAUAACCUGUUGAUUAUGCGUUAUUUUCUCAAUAAAAAGAAGAAAAUUGUUUA